AAGCAAGAGGAAAUGACGUCAAACCUUUAGAAAAAGGACAAGAACCGUUUUGUUAUCGUCCAUUUUAAUGAUUUGAGGUUCAUCGAGAGGAGUGACAUUCUAUUGUUUGAAUAGUUUUUAUCCAUAAAAUUAUACUUAAAAGUACAAAAAAUGGCUGACGCAGCAACUGAAGGUGCACCUGCCGAAGUAUCAGGGGGAUCAGGACCUCCAACUGGCGGCAUGCCUCCAAGAGGUAGGGGAAUACGUGGUGGCCCAGGUAGAGGUGGUCCCGGAGGACGUGGAGGUUUUCGAGGACGUGGAGGAAUGGGAGACCGAGGACGCGGAGGCCCUCCAAUGGGCCGAGGGCGAGGGGGUCUAAGGGGAGCUCCUAGAGGAAGAUUUCCACCAGGUGGGGAUAUUGGUGACAGAGGCCGAGGUGGGGGUCGUGGAAUGGGUAGGGGUGGACCUGGUGGUUUUAGAGGGGGACGAGGUGGCCCAGGAGAUCGUGGGGGAAUGGGAGGCAGAGGUGGGGGUCGUGGAAUGGGAAGAGGUGGUCCUGGUGGAUUUAGAGGGGGGCGAGGGGGUCCAGGAGGAGGAAGAGGAGGUCCAGGGGGACCUGGUGGACCAGGAGGUUUGGGGCAAAAGAGGGCACCAGGACAAUUUGGUUCACAAGGGGGAGGUCCAGGGGGACCAGGAGUUAAAAGGCCUAGGUUUGACAAUGGACAAGGAGCUAAUGGAUAUGGACAAGGUAGUCAGCCAUCAUAUUCCACACAGUAUGGUGGACAAGGUGGAUAUAACCAGUAUGGUGCACAAGGCGGAUAUGAAGGGGGUGGUUAUUCUACACAAUAUUCAAAUCCUACUGCAGGUUAUGGCAGUGGGGGUGGAGACUAUUCAAGCUACCAACAAGGGAGUGAUCAAUAUGGUGGUGGCGGCGGCUACAACACUGGUGGACAAGGUUAUAAUAGUCAAGGUUAUGAUGAUCGAACUGGAGGAUAUGGACAACAGAAUUAUGGAUGGUAGACCGCAGUGCACAAAGAAGUUAGGACAACAAAAAUAUUUUGACUUUAGGUUGAAGAAAUAUGUGGACUUCGAGGGAUUUGAAAUUCACGCAAGUAUCGACUAAGAUAAAUUGUUGAAUGCUUGAUUGAGGUAUAGAGUUCUUUGCAUGGGAUUAUGGUAUUCUUCAAAUAUGUGGUUACACCCAAUGGUUUCAAUAAGUUCAUUAUAGUUCUUUUGGUAUGACAUUGUUGAUGAUUGAUUCUAUAUCCAAUAGCAAACUUAAUUUUUUUUUAAAUUCUAAGGCCGGAUCGGUUCAUUUAUUAGGUAUUCAAAAUGUCGCUGGAAUCUUAGAUCACUACAUACUUGUCGGAAGUCAAUUUUAGAAUUAUAGUGAACAUGAAUUCAUCAGAAAUAACUUUUCAGUGAAAGAAUGAAAAGUUUUUUAUCCAAUUGAAACGUUUACUUGUGUGUUACUAUCUUGUAAAUUACUUUCAGUUUAAAUGGAAUUUUUUGUACGCGAACUGGCCUUUCUGUAAAUUUAUUUACUCAUCUUAUACAAUAUCAAAUAGUGUCAAUCCCUGAUGCACAUUUGGGUAUUUUUAAUUUAGAAGUUGAACAUUCCCAAUACCAUAUCACUUUUUAAGAGUACUUGUUAGAAAAGAAUUAAAUUUUUGAGGUGGAAAAUUGAGGUAAAAUAAACGUCCCUCAAAAGUGUCAUUGGGCUGUUUAUAUUUAGGUACAAAAAACAAAAAUCCGUUACUGAUUGCAACAUUAGCUUGAACUACAAGGUGGUAAAGCACGUUUUUAAUUUUAUGAAUGAAUGUUACAUUUCUAUUUCAGAAAUUGUUCAGUAUUAAAUAAAUUAAUUUU